AAAUUAAAUCUUUACAGAAUCUAAGUAACUAAAUUUCACAAUGCUACGCUUUGGCCGCUCUCUUAAUGGGCAAUUUUUGAAUUGCCGUAGCUUGGGGGUCACUCCGCAAAGCGAAACGAAGAACGAGGCGGCCAAAGAGCUCGGCGCUGAGAUGGAGCAGAAAGAAGCAGUCAAUGAAGAGGCGCACUUAAAGGCAGCGAUCCCCAAAGAGCAGCAGCUGAAACGAGCUUUUUUCAACGAAAGUGAUGUGCAACAAACCCUCAAGGAAAUAGCAAAAGAGGAGUCCAAGCCCGAGGAGUGUCACCUGAGCAAACGCUAUCUUAAAUUCCGGGAAAAGCUACGUUCGGAGGCGCCUCUGUCAUGCCUGCCCAAAGGUGCACCACAUCCAGCGCACGAGAAAGAUCCCUUGGUGCCGUGGCCCAACAAUACCAAUCCACAUACUGGUGAAAUCGGUGGCCCGGCGGGACCAGAGCCCACACGCUACGGUGACUGGGAGCGCAAGGGACGCGUCACAGAUUUCUAGAAAAUUAAAUAAAAAC